GAAGAAAAAAAUUAUUGUAUUACAAACUUUGAACAUCAUAAUGUAAACAUAAUUUUAUUUGCAAAGUAUAAUCGCCUAAAGGAAGCAUGGAUGUUAAUUGUAAUAUUCAGAAAAUUUAAAAAAAUUCUUCUGUGAGUUAAAAUUGAUUUUAUUGUUUUUUCGUUAAUACAAUAAACAUAAGUGUUUUGAAAAAAAGAAUAGUGCAAAUUAAAAAGUUGUAAUUCCUUAAAAACGUGAAUGUGAUAUGGGUGAUCAGGAAAGUGGAAAUCAAACUCUUAAUGAAACAAUGAAUCAUAAUGGAUAUACAAAUGAAGCUUUUCAUAAUGAUGAAGUACUUUCAAAAAGAGAAAAUAAUGAGAAAUCGAGAAUCAAAUCAAGUGGAAAAGUUGCACCCUCAUCAAAUACUUCGUCGAAUGAUGAAAUUGAAAAGGAACAAUGGGGUGGUGGUCUCGAAUUUCUAAUGGCAUGUAUAGCAACUUCUGUUGGACUUGGAAAUAUAUGGCGAUUUCCAUUCACUGCUUUGGAAAAUGGAGGGGGUGCUUUUUUAAUUCCUUACGUUAUAAUUCUUAUUUUUGUCGGAAAACCAUUUUAUUAUUUGGAAGCUAUUUUAGGACAAUUUACUAGUCGAUCGUGUGGCAAAACAUGGUCAAUGACACCUGCAAUGAGAGGUUUAGGAUAUGGACAAGUAUUAACUGCAUUUUGUGUCGUGACAUAUUAUUGCAGUUUAAUGGCGCUGACAAUUUAUUAUUUAGUGUCAAGUUUUCAGUCUGUUCUUCCCUGGUCCUAUUGUCGUGAAGGUUGGAAUAAUUGUCUAGACGCUUCUUUUAAUAUUUCCAAUGGAACGAUUUCGCAAAAUACGACUCCUAGCAGCUCUGCAGAAUUAUUUUUUCGAAAGAUAGUUUUGAAUGAAUUGGACUCAAUUGAGGAUGGUAUUGGUCUACCAUCGUGGUCAUUGAGCCUUUGUCUUUUAUUUAGUUGGCUCUGCUUGUUCGCCAUCAUGUGUCGUGGGGUUAAAAGUUCGGGAAAAGCUGUUUAUUUUCUAGCAAUAUUCCCCUAUAUUGUGAUGAUUAUACUUCUGAUAAGAGCCGUCACCUUGGAGGGAGCUGUGAAUGGAAUUUUGUUUUUCUUUGAGCCCAAAUGGGAAGCUCUUCUUAAACCAAAUGUUUGGUAUGCUGCAAUUACACAAUGUUUCUUCUCGCUCUCCGUGUGCUUUGGACCUAUUAUCACCUACUCUUCGCACAGCAGAUUCAAUCAUCAAUUGAGCAGGGACGUGGUUAUUGUAACGACUCUCGAUACAUUUACGAGUUUAAUGGCCGGUUGCACGAUUUUUGGUAUUCUUGGAAAUUUGGCUCAUGAAAUGGGCACAGAUGAUAUCUCGAAAGUUGUACUCGGAGGAACUGGACUGGCAUUUAUUUCGUAUCCAGAUGCUCUUUCACGUUUUGCAGUGGUACCGCAAUUCUUUUCUGCUCUCUUUUUCUUUAUGAUGUUUGUCCUGGGAGCUGGUAGUGCAAUGGCACUUUACAAUGUUGUUGUUGCUGUUUUAUGUGAUCAUUUUCCACAUGUUAAACGAUGGAAAACUGCCCUCAUUAUGGCUAUUAUUGGAUUUCUUUUUGGCCUGAUCUACAUUACACCUGGUGGUCAAUGGUUUGUGACACUAAUCGAUUACUACGGUGGAAAUUGUGUUGCUAUAAUUGUUGGUGUUGCGGAAGUGAUUACAAUUUUUUGGAUUUAUGGACUCGUUAAUUUUUUAAAUGACACUGAAUUCAUGUUGGGUAUUAGGCCUGGAUUUUAUUGGAAGAUUUGUUGGUUUGUUAUCACUCCUGUGUUGAUGAUUAUUAUUUUGUUUUAUACUUUUGUUACGUAUGUGCCUCCGACUUAUAAUGGAAUAAACUUUCCUGAUUAUGCUUACGGUAUUGGUUGGUUUAUAUUCGCCAUUGGGAUUAUUCAGAUGAUAGGAUUUAUUGUCAGAGAAGUCAUGAGACAGAAAAAAUUGUCACUUUUGGAAUCUAUAAAAGCAGCCUUCAGGCCCUCGGAGAAAAAUUGGGGACCAUAUAAUCGUGAAACUCGAGCUAAAUGGAAGGAAUUUAUUUUAGAAAAGAAGAAAAUUCAACCGAACAGUAAUUUUAAGGAAUUAUUUCACAGAUAGUGUUUUUUAAGAAAAGUGAAAAACGCAGAAAAAUAUUUUUUGAUAAUUCUUUAUAAGUAGAUGUACAAUUAUUUUAUACAUUAUUAUUAUUAUAAUUAAUAUUAUUUACUACAAA